AUGGCAGGCCUUCACCCAUCCCCGGCAGGGCACCCGUCCUCGAGCUCGACCACGUCCUCGAAUCCGCGCUUUACCCCAGUUUCCUACGGGUCCGAAGAGGAGCGGUCAGAAGCCGGCCCUGCGAAGUCACCGAAUAUCCCGUUCCCUUUGAAAACCAACUUUGAAGACUAUCCGGACGUCGGCGAUCCACUUUCCGACAUCGAGAACGAAGACGCGUACAAUGAUGGCGAGGAGCCUGAAGGCAAGCUGCCGAAUGUUGGAUCGGCGCUGAAAUUCACACCGGAGGAGGAGAGCGAGGUUGUGAAGAGGUUCGAUCGACGGCUGGUUCCGUUUUUGGCUCUUCUCUACUUGCUGUCCUUCCUGGAUCGCUCAAAUAUUGGGAACGCAAAGAUCGCGGGGCUUAAAGAAGAUCUUCAACUCUCAUCCCCACAAUAUGAAUGGCUUCUUACCGCAUUUUAUAUUACUUACAUCCUGUUUGAAUGGAUGACGCUGAUGUAUCGCGUCGUUCCGCCGCAUAUCUAUAUCUCUCUGUGUGUCUGUGGAUGGGGCCUCGUUGCAUCGUUCCAGUGUCUGGCAACUUCUUUCGAGGGGUUGGUUGUUUUGCGGGCUUUACUUGGAAUCACUGAAGCUGCUUUCGGCCCGGGCGUUCCAUUUUACCUGUCAUUAUUUUACCAGCGCCAUGAGUUGGCGUUCCGGAAUGGACUCUUCAUCUCCGCAGCACCGCUUGCAACGUCGUUUGCUAGCAGUUUGGCUUAUCUGAUUGUCAAGUUCAGCCGCGAUGGCCCAAUCUCGCCGUGGCGUACCUUGUUUCUCGUCGAGGGCUUCCCCAGUGUGAUUGUGGCUGUCUUCGCUUGGUAUCUGAUACCUGACUCUCCUGACCGUGCGGCAUUCCUUACUCGCAGGCAGAGGAUGGUAGCUCGGCAGCGCCUUGAGGGAAGCAUGGACGAUCAUCGGCAAUCUCGUGGCAGUCGAUUCAACUGGCGAGAAAUCCUCAAGACUGCAUCCGAUUCAAAGGCUUAUAUGGCUGCUCUCAUGUUCUUCAGCUGCAACGUUGCCUUUAGUUCGAUGCCCGUCUUCCUACCAACUAUCAUUCAAGAUAUGGGAUAUUCGUCAUUACACGCCCAGGCCCUCUCUGCGCCUCCAUAUCUUUUCGCUUUUGUCGUGGUGCUCAUCACCGCAUACGCCUCGGAUCGCAGCCGCUCGCGAAGCCCGUAUCUAAUUGGGCAUGCAUUGGUCUCCUCACUGUCAUACUUGACCAUUGCACUCACGGGUUAUUACCAUUCACAUCUACCACCGUGGCUCCAAACACUCAUUCGUUAUCUCUGCGUCUACCCCGCUACGGCCGGCUUCUUCUCGGCGAUCACGAUUGUAAUCACAUGGUCAAUGGACAACCGGGUCGAGAAGGAGGGCAAAGGCGCAAGUAUUGCCAUCCUCAACAUCAUCGGUCAAUGUGGACCGCUCCUUGGGACAAGACUUUAUCCCGAGUCUGACGGUCCGUGGUAUGUCCGUGGGAUGGCCACAUGUUCGUUCUUCAUGAUUGUUACUGCGGUGCUGGCUGUAGGCUUGCGAGUCAUGCUCCAGCGCAUGAACCGUGCCGCUGCAGAAACUACCUAUACCAUUGUUCAGCAAGGCGGUCCCGUAGACGGGGACGAGGAGCGAGAUGAGCUCAUGGGCGGUGGUAGAAGAAACGGCUUAGAGCGAUCUAGUGGCGAGAAGGCUCUUGUGUAUAUAAUCUAG